AUGGCGGACUUAAAAUCGCCGCCGUUUAGUGAUAUCAAAAGACCUGAAGAAGUGGUCAGGAUGACGACGAACGAUAGCCUGAAAUUCGCUGUUCUUAUCGGGCUGAUUGAAGUCGGACAGGUGACCAACCGGGAGGUGGUGAACACCGUCCUGCAUCUGCUCGUGGGCGGCGAGUUCGACAUGGAGCUGAAUUUCGUGAUACAGGACGCGCAGAAUAUUCAGCACAUGUUGGAACUGCUCGACCACUGCCCACCAAGCUUACAGGCGGAAAUAUGGUCGGUGUUCAUCGCAAUAUUGCGCAAGAGUGUGCGUAACCUUCAAGCCUGUACAGACGUUGGCCUCAUACACCAUGUGCUGCAGAGGCUACCGCGCGCUGAGACAGUCGUCGCUGACCUUCUCAUCGAGAUGCUGGGCGUGCUGGCCAGCUACAGUGUCACAGUCAAAGAGCUCAAACAGCUGUUUAGUGCCAUGAAAGCGGUCAACGGAAAAUGGCCGAGGCAUUCUGCGAAGCUACUGAACGUGCUCCGGCAGAUGCCGCACCGGAACGGGCCGGACGUGUUCUUCAGCUUCCCCGGACGGAAAGGAUCGGCCGUGGUGCUGCCGCCGCUCGCCAGGUGGCCCUACGAGAACGGAUUCACCUUCACCACAUGGUUUCGACUGGACCCCAUCAACUCUGUCAACAUUGAAAGAGAAAAGCCAUAUCUAUACUGCUUCAAGACGAGUAAAGGUGUAGGCUACACGGCGCACUUCGUCGGCAACUGUUUGGUUCUCACAUCCAUGAAGGUGCGAGGCAAAGGAUUCCAACAUUGUGUCAAAUAUGAAUUUCAACCAAGAAGAUGGUACGCGAUAGCAGUGGUGUACAUAUACAACAGAUGGACAAAGAGUGAGAUCAAAUGCUUGGUGAAUGGACAGCUAGCGUCCAGCACGGAAAUGGCGUGGUUCGUCUCCACUAAUGACCCCUUCGACAAAUGCUACAUCGGUGCGACAGCAGAACUGGAUGAGGAGCGAGUGUUCUGCGGGCAGAUGGCCGCCAUCUAUCUGUUCGGAGAGGCUCUGACCACGCACCAGAUCUGCGCCAUGCACAGGCUGGGGCCCGGGUAUAAGAGUCAGUUCCGUUUCGACAACGAAUGCAACAUCAGUUUGCCGGAGAACCACAAAAGGAUGUUGGUAGAUGAACUGUCGACGUGUCAUACGUGGUUCACUGCCAUCACUGCUGAGGUCCUCUACGAUGGCAAGCUGUCAUCCGCCAUAGUGUUCAUGUACAACCCGGUGGCCACAGACGGACAGUUGUGUCUGCAGUCAGCUCCUAAAGGAAACGUCUCGUAUUUUGUACAUACGCCACAUGCGCUGAUGCUCCAGGAGGUGAAGGCAGUAGUGACACACUCGAUACACAGCGCAUUAAAUUCCAUCGGCGGGGUGCAGGUUCUGUUCCCCCUGUUCGCACAGUUGGACCUCCCGCACGACGCGCCCGCCACAGACCCCAAGAGAGACCCCAUGCUAUGCUCAAAGCUGCUGGGGUUCGUGUGCUCGCUGGUGGAGUCGUGCAGCACGGUGCAGCAGCACAUGCUGCAGUGCCGCGGGUUCCUGGUCAUCUCUCACAUGCUGCAGCGCUGCAGCCGCGACCACCUGACGCCCGACACGCUCGCCUCCUUCCUGCACCUCACCAAGCACCUCGUCACCUGCUGCUCUCCUAACUCCGACCUGCUGCUCAAACAGCUGUUGGACCACAUUCUGUUCAACCCGGCGCUGUGGAUCCACACGCCGGCCGCGGUGCAGGCGCGCCUGUACUGCUACCUGGCCACCGACUUCCUCGCGGACGCGCACAUAUACGGCAGCGUCAGGCGCGUCAGCACUGUGCUGCAGACUGUGCACACGCUCAAGUUCUACUACUGGGUUGUGAACCCGAGGGCCAAGAGCGGCAUCACGCCUAAAGGAUUAGAGGGACCUCGGCCAGCCCACAAGGAUAUCCUCACAAUCAGGGCGUACAUACUAUUGUUCUUGAAACAAUUGAUCAUGAUUGGCAACGGAGUCAAGGAAGAUGAGUUACAGUCGAUACUCAAUUAUCUCACAACUAUGCACGAGGAUGAGAAUUUACACGACGUCUUACAAAUGUUAAUAUCACUGAUGUCGGAACAUCCCAGCUCGAUGGUGCCCGCGUUCGAUGCCAAGGGUGGAGUGAGGACAAUAUUCAAACUACUUUCAUCAGAAAGUCAACUGAUCAGACUGCAGGCGUUGAAACUGCUUGGAUUUUUCCUAAGUAGAAGCACGCAUAAACGUAAGUACGACGUGAUGUCUCCGCACAACCUGUACACGCUGCUGGCGACGCGGCUGGGCGCCAGCGGCGAGGGCCUGGCGCUGCCCGUGUACAACGCGCUGUACGAGCUGCUCACCGAGCACGUCGGCCAGCAGAUACUCUACACCAGCCAUCCGGAGCCACAGCCACACUUCCGCCUGGAGAACCCCAGAGUGGCUAAUAGCCAUGGCGUACAUCCACCCUAA